GUUCUCAUUAAGAAUAGUCAAAGUCCGAGACAAGGGUGAAUUAAUAUAUACUACAGGCGUUUUUGGGACAACAUCUGCUUCCCAUUCCCAGACUAUCCCGCUUCUCUUCUAAGCACUCCAUCGUGCAGCCAGGCACGCGAGUAGAUCGAAAUGCGACGAAUCCCUGUAGAGAAGAGGCCAGACGUUUUACGCCUUGUGCAAAGUCAGGGCCUUGUCUACGCCAACGCCAUCGGAACCCGUGGGUCAGAACUCUACUGGCCAGACGACCGGUAUUACUCCUUCACUCAGGAAGAGAUUCAGCUCCUUGAAAGAGCCACCAAAGAUGUGUUCGACAUGUGCUGCGAGGCGGCUGACUACCUCACCAACCGUCCGGACAUGAUGGAAAAGAUGGCGAUUCCUGCCUUCGCACACAAGCAGAUCAUAGAAUCUUGGAACCGUGAGCCAGCCUGGGGCAGCGUCUAUGGUCGGUUUGAUAUCUGCUUUGGAGGGCUCCAACAUCCAGAUCCACGAUUACGCUCACCAAAAUUCUACGAGUUCAACGCAGAUACGCCCACAUCGCUUCUCGAAAGCGCGUGUAUACAAUGGUUCUGGCUUCAGCAGACGGGCUGUGGAAACGAUCAAUACAACAACAUUUGCGAAUGCCUGGUCGAAGCCUGGAAGCGCAACAUGACGCUUAUCAGCGAAAAGCUCGGCUACAAGCCCACCGUCUACUUCGCAACCUGCGACGCGGACUCGGCUGGCGAGGACGUUAUGAAUACCAUGGUCCUGAUGGAGACCUGUCAAAUGGCAGGAUGGGAUACCAAAGCCAUAAGUAUGGAGGAAAUUGCUAUUUCGUUGAAAGACGGUCGUUUGUUUGAUAUGAAAGGCAACCAUCUUGACGUCGUCUUUAAACUCUACCCAUGGGAGUUCAUCAUCGAAGAAGCCCCCGGAAAGCUAACUUUCACUGACAUGGGCUCCAGCGACGGCACUAUCUGGAUCGAGCCGCCAUACAAGAUGCUAUGGAGCAACAAGGCGCUCUUCGCUAUCCUGUGGUCCCUCUUCAAGGAUGACGAGCGGUCAAAGUGGCUCCUGCCAACGUACUUUGGGGAUGCCGAUAUUCCAACGUCGCUCACAAAAUACGCGCGGAAGCCAAUAUUCUCCCGCGAGGGCGGCGGCAUCACCCUGCAGCACGAUGGCAAUGUGAUACAGGAAUCACCAGACGACACUUACGGCAAAGAAGGCUACGUGGUUCAGGAGCUUGCUUUGCCGCCUCAAUUCAAGGAUGCAGAAGACAGAUCCCACUAUCCAGUGCUCGGAAUCUGGAUGAUAGAUGGAGAGCCUGCGGGCAUGGGCAUUCGGGAAGCUGAAACACCAAUCACCACAAAUCUCUCAGCAUUUAUCCCGCAUUCCAUAGAGGAUGGACCCGUCACUUACGAACGCCAGGCUGUUCCUACCGAAGAGGAGAUUAGCCAGGCUUUGAAGGUUGAGAAAUCAUAUGAUCCUGAAAGCAAGGCGUUAGUACAAGACGAAAUGAUCCAGUAUAUCGAAAGAAUCACAAUUUAAACUUCUGGGCUAUAAAGAAAAUCCAGUUAGCAGCUUCAAUUCCG